AUGGCGAAUGAAACUAAUUCUGCUCACAGUGCGUGUCCGGCAUUGACAUGGUCUAUUGCCCAUGGGGUCAGUAUUGACGUACUCUAUCAGCACCUGAAUGGCGCCAAGCGGAUUCUCAUGGAGUUUAACUCUGCCUACAUCUCGCUUGCGACCUUCCUCCUCCGCCUGCUGAAAAGUCACGCUGUCGUGGAGGCGCGGAAGGUCGACGGGGGCAAACGCUGGGACGACCAGCUCACUCUGCUCUCAGAGCUUGAAUUAUUGCUUGCGCUCGACCUCUCCGACAAAGAAAUAUCUUUGCUGAGCGAGGAUAAUUUUGUCCGUACCCCUAAUUUUCUGAAUCUUAACUUUUCCAACAACAGAUAUUCUACAGUUCCUAUGGGAUUAAAACAGUUGCAGAAACUUCUGUCACUUGACCUAGCGAAGAAUCCAAUGGACUACGAACUUGAAAAUUCUGUAGCAAUCACUUUCAAACCUGAAGAUGCUGAAUUUGUCAGAAUCCAUCUCACAUGGUCCAUCACAGUUCAUGUGUUCCGAGCACAAUAUAUUGGUGUUCAAGCUAAUCCAGAAUGUAUAAUGAGAGUAAAGGACUCCAAGAGCAUGGAAGAAACUCAGAUGAAGUUCUUCAGAGCAGUUUUAAGAGUAACAAGAAAAGUCACAAUAAAAAUUACUGAUUGUGAUGAAGUUAUUCGUGAAUUCAUAUGUAGAAAUGUAGAAUAUGCAUCUACAAUUUAUUGAACUCAAGUAUACAUUUGGAUGGAUUCUUUUAAUUCUUUGUCACUUGAUGAUUCACCACGGCACAAACUGCACAGAUCAAUGUCAUUGUCAGCUUUAUCUCCACGGAAGGAAAUACAAACCGCACAGAAAGAGUUUUCAGGUCCAUUGGGCAAUGCUAUUUUCAGGCAAUAUAGCUAUAAUGAGUUAGGUGUUAUUCCAGGCACUUCAUCAUUAAGAUAUUCACAGAAAUUUGUGAGUGAGUUUCAUAUAGAUCUUGCUGGGACAAAAAAUAGUGCAGAUUUGUUACCAGGGAAGAAUUGGUUAGAUAAACAUUUUGACUUAAGCCAGCUUAUAAAUCCUACUGAGCAACCAAAAAGACAGAAUGAAGAGCCAGAACAUUUCAAGAAAGUUGAUUUGCAUCGUAAAAGGACACAUGAACCAUCAGAUUCAAAUGAGGAUUUUCAAAGCAGGAAAUUGUUCAAAUAUACUCCUGUCAUAAAUAAUGAACUUAAAAAUUCUAAGCCAGAGUUCAAACAGAAUGCAUCCGUUGAUGAUGAAAAUGCAGGUCAUCCUAGAACAGUGACACAAUUACUAUUCGUUAUAGUUCCUUUGCUGCUUGCCGUGUUUGCCACCUUUGGAACACAGUAUGCUUCUUACCAAAAAGUGUGCGAAGCUACAUUAGAUGUCAAAAGUAUAGAAAACUUAUUGAGUUCACGUAUAUAUGGUCAAGAGAAAGCAGUCCAAAGAAUCAUACAAAAUUUUAAGAAUUUCAAUUCCUCUGAUCAAAAUGGUUUGCAUGUAAUUGUUCUUAAUGGUCCAACUGGUGUAGGAAAGACUUACACAGCAACACUUUUAGAAGAAAUAUUCCCGUGGAAACACAAUAUUCACCAGUUUAUAAUGCCGCUGGACUUUGAAAAAUUGUCAGAACGGUCUCUGCAGAGUUAUCCGUUUUGUGGUGAUCAUUUUGUUAUAAUGGAUGACUUAAGAAUUGAAGAUAUAAAAGAUGUUGCGUACAUAGUAUCAUAUCUACAGAGGCUUGCAUCAUCAAAUAAAGUAAUUGCUUUACUCAUUUUUAAAUUUCAUAAGCAACUCUCUGGAAAAGUUAGUGAAAAUGAAGUGUUGGAAAUGUCCAGUGCAGUACAGAAACAAUUAGUAGAGAGAGGUAUUGAUGAUUGCGUGAUGAUUGAUUUUAAAACGUUAGAGAAAAAAGAAGUGGAAUUGUGCAUAAAAGAGGCUCUUAGUCGACACUGGAUUCCAGUUACUGAACAAGCUAUCAAGACAAUAUUGGAUCAAGUUGAUUACCAUAGUGAAGGUUGUAAAAGGAUUUCUAGUAAAAUUGCUGUAGUGAAUGAACUCUGGGUCCGACCACCAUAAUUGUCAUAAAUCUCAACCCAUGAAAUCAGUGCCUACCUUAAUUUUAAUAAUGUGGAGUUGAAAUAAGACUUGAGAUCUCUAUUUCUGUGUUCAUAAAUUAGUAUUUUAACUUUUGUAAUUAUUUUUAAGGUGACCUUUACAAUUUUGAUAUUCAUGUAUUUCAUUAGAUGAACAAUUUAAGAGGGUUAAUGACCUUGCUUUGCUGAAUUUUAGCCAACUUUCCCACACUGUUUGAACCAAAUAUAUGAAGUGUUAUUUAUACUGUGUAUAUUAUUUUUCAAGACCUUGUUAUUAAAAGAAUCUUCUUUUUCUGUUUAGUGUUAGGAAUUUUAAGUACAGUUGUAACUUGCACUGUCUUGUGCCCAGGGGUGUUUCCAAAGGAAAUAUUUCAGUGAUAAUUAAAAGUAUUUUAGAAUAAGAUCAUGUUCAAAUUAUAAAUGCUCAAUGUCUCAAUGUGUUUCCUGUCAUAGUUAUGUAAGUUGUUCACUUUAUCCAAAGGACUCAGGUGUAAUUUGUUGUGUUGUGUUUUAUAUUGAAGCAGUCUGAAGUUAUGAAACACCUAUGUGUUAAAGGACUGAAAAUAAAACAAUUUUGUUUUUAGUCAUUGAUGUAUUUUAUUGCUUCCAUAGAAAAGUUUCUAAUCACUUCAGUUUUUGUACUGAUUACAUCUGUGAUACUCAUGACUUCUACUUCUUUUUCUUGGCCUGUAACUUAAAUCUGUGGACAUUCACUUAUGUUUGACAAUGUCUUUCAUAUUCAGAAUCGGUUGAGCAAAAUGGAUUGUUGGUACCAUCUUUAUUUUUAAUUCUACCCAUAUUUUUACCAAUAAUUUAUACCAAUAAUUUGAAUUUUUAAGUGGUUACAGUAUUCAUAUGCAGUGCACAAUGAUGAAAAUACAGAUCUUGAGGCAUCUCGAGAUUACGCAGACUGGUCACAUAUGAUUUACUUGUGAGAAUUAGAUUUAAUUUUUACUUAAUCUUUAAAAGGUGGGUGAGAGCAAGCGGAGUCCUUCAAGGCAAAUCUAUCUUAUUUUCAUCAUUACAAAAAUUACAGAAGGUUAUGGAGACUGGUAUUCCUUCAUUUUGUUAGCAGACUGCUCCAGCUGAGCAUGUAAAGGUUAUCAUUCACCAUCAUUUUAGACUUGUAUUAAAUGGAAACACAUAAAUUGCCUCUGAGGUGUUUUGAUUGACCUUUCCUGAAACACUAGGAAAAACCACCAUCAUUUAUAUAAAAAUUCUAGGCAAUAAAAGAAACAAAAAUGUAACCUAUGGUUGCUAAUAACUUCAAUGUUAAAGCAACCUUAAAUAACAAAAAUUAACCUAGAAAAUCUGAUUUGAAACUAAAGAGAAAAUUUCUUUAGUAGUAGUGACCAAACAGUAAAAGCUUUCUAUAAAUAAAUUUCAGAGAGUUAAAAUUAAAUGUUGACAAAACUGUUAACUUUAAGCUUCAUCAAAAUUAUCCUGAACAAAUCAUGACAGUGGAAGUUGAUAAUGAGGUUGUGAAACAGACUAUCAUAAGUUUUUAGGAAUAUUCAUUGAU